UGGGGAGGUCCUUAGAACGCCCGCACUACUCUGUAACUGUGUUGUGGAACUGCCAUCGCCAAAACGAAUGAUACUUAGGCCUUCUAGCUUAAGAUCCUUGCUGGAGCUGUUGAAGACCCACUCCUCCCUUCUUCUGAGAGGAACAAAAAAAAUGUUUGUCAUUUUUACCGGAACCAAAAAGUUGGGGACCUCCGCUCUCGACCGGCAAUAUGAUUGCACAGGAAACAGGCGAGAGAGUUCUUAUUAGGGAUCCGGAACUUGGUUUUGCAGCUUCCGGCCAGCUCAGUAUAGUUAGUCUUGAGCGGGUAGUAUUCUGAACCCGUAGGUAUUGAUCGUCCAAGAAGAUGGUGCUUCUAACGAUGAUUGCACGGGUGGCUGAUGGGCUUCCUUUAGCGGCUUCUAUGCAGGAGGAUGAACAGUCGGGGAGAGAUUUGCAGCAGUAUCAGAGCCAGGCCAAGCAAUUGUUUCGGAAGCUCAAUGAACAGUCUCCUACCAGAUGCACCUUAGAAGCUGGACCAAUGACUUUUCAUUACAUUAUUGAAAAAGGAGUUUGUUAUCUGAUACUAUGUGAAGCUGCUUUCCCCAAAAAAAUGGCGUUUGCAUAUCUGGAAGAUUUGCACUCAGAAUUUGAUGAACAACAUGGAAAAAAGGUGCCAACGGUGUCCAGACCUUAUUCUUUCAUUGAAUUUGAUACUUAUAUUCAGAAAACCAAGAAGCUGUAUAUAGAUAGCCGGGCAAGAAGAAAUCUUGGGUCUAUUAAUACAGAAUUACAAGAUGUACAAAGAAUCAUGGUAGCCAACAUUGAAGAAGUCUUACAACGAGGUGAAACCCUUUCAGCAUUGGAUUCCAAGGCAAAUAAUCUGUCCAGUUUGUCCAAGAAAUACCGCCAGGAUGCGAAAUAUCUGAACAUGCGUUCCACCUAUGCCAAGCUUGCUGCUAUUGCUGUGUUUUUUAUUAUGCUGAUUGUUUAUGUGCGGUUCUGGUGGCUGUAACAGAUUAAUAGGCCUCCAAGAAUGAUAUUUAAUAAUAGCAAGCAUAUCACUAUUAAGUAGCUAAUAUCACAGGAUGUAUAUUAGAAUCUGCCUAGACAUUUCCUUAUAAUGAGAAUUGCUGCUAUUUCCAAAUGUCAGAACUUGCUGAGACUAAUUAUUUUCUUUUGUAGCAGUUAAAUGCUUGAAAAACAAAACAUUUUUCCAACUGACAAAUAGGAGUAGCCUCAUUUGAUCCACCUACUACUGUUCAACACUACUGUUAACAGACAAACUAAAAUAAGUGCAGCCCUAGUAGGGUAUUCUAAUGGGUAUUCUAUUGGGUAUUCCUUGUUAAUCAAGAGAAAUUCCUGUUUCAAGGGUGGAAUAUGUGUGUGUAUGUGUGUAGAUAACAUACUGGUUUUUUUUUAGUUUGUCCAAUCAAUACUUAUUUUAUAUUGUCAAAUCUCUUGACUCAUUACCCUGUUAAUUUAAUAACUGCAUAAAAUAUUGCUUCAUCUGG